UCUCCGUCGGCGGCGUCUUCUUUUCCUUGGGCUCUCCCGCCACCCCGACGACCGGAGCGCUCCCAGCGCGCCGCCUCGGCGAAACCCCCCCACGCCAGCAGUAGUAGUCCGGAGAGAGAAAGCGGAGAGGUUCUUGCUUCGGGGCUCUCGGCCGGGUUUCAGACCCCUCGUUCGCCUGGCGCGCCAUCUCGCGAGUGCCGUACGGACCUGCCUGCCUGCCUGCCGGCCGGCCUGCAUUCUUUUUUUUUCUUUUUCUUUUCCCCGCGCUCUCCGGGUGCGCGUCUUGUAACGGUUUCUCUCUCUCUUUGUUUUCUUAUUCUUCGUUCUUUUGCUGUUGUUUCGGCGAGUCUCAACAGCGACGACGAAGACGACGCCUGCGGGACGCCGUCCGGAAAAGAAGUGCACACCUUCGCAGAAAGAGACCGCAUCGUCUGAUGUCUUCCUGUGGCCGCUCAUCCAUGAGACUGUGACGGGCACUUGAGAAGGUUCGGCCAAGUGUGACACACGAAUGCCGCGCUGCCGUCGGCGCUGCUGCUGCUGCUGCUCAGCGUAGCUGCUCCUGAGGCGGCGGCGGGCCCUCCUCUUCCUCCCCUCUCCAGCGCCCGCCGGUCCAAUCGGAAGCCUUCGUCUUGGCGUGAUGUCAUCGGAGGAAGACUCGGCCGCGGAGAGCCAACUCAGUUUCGCACGCGCGAAGGCCAAGAGGAACACGACGUCGUCGCGGCUCCCGCGCGUCGACGCCGGAGAAGCGCGAGCACCCGCCGUCGUGGCCCCCCCGUCGAACGGAACGUCGUCGCUCGACCUGCGCUCGCCCCCUGCGCCGCUCCGCAAUGGCUUCAUGAGCGGAGACGACCACCUGGAGCAGCAGCAGGCUGAGCGCGGCGGCCUGCUCCGCGACAUCCUGCAGGGACGCCGCGGAGCCGAGGAGGAGGACGAAGACGCCGCGUCGGCCGACGAGGAGGACGACGACGAGCGAGAGGAAGACGUCGGAGACGACGAGGACGACGACGAAGAGAUGGCGGCGGCCGCCGCCGCUGCGGACGGAGCCGGCAGCGCGCGGGGCGCCUCGGACGACGAGACGGACGCGAAGAAGGCGCGCGUCGAGAGCAUCGUGUCCAACAUGCGCCGCGGCGGCAGCAACGGAGAGGCGCCGGCCAACGCCGCGGCGCCGGCGGUCAACGGGUGCAAGAAGCGCAAGCUGUACCAACCCCAGCAGGCGCUGUCGGGCGCCACCGACGACGAGCUGCGGCUCCGGAACCGCGUGGUGGCGGAUCGCGACUCGUUCCGCCAGGAGCUGCUGAGGCUCAAGACCGAGGUGGCCACCAUGCAGCAGCGCUACGACGAGAUGCGGAGCGAGGACGAAGACGACGAGAUGGAAGACGGCGCCGCGUCCGACGACUCGACCGCCGCCGGCGGCCGCCUGAGCCACAACAACAACAACAACAACAACAACGACGACGACUGCCGGGAACUGACGACGCCCCCUUCGGAGCUGUCGACGGACGCGCCGCGCUCCUCGCCGCUGCGCGACGUCAAGCCCCCCGUGCGCGGCGACGCUCCCAUGGUCAGCCCGCCCGGGACUCCGCCGGACGACUUCCGCCACUCGCGCCUCUCCGUCGACGGCCCGCGCCAGACGUGCAUUGUGCGACCUCCGCCCAUGGUGUUCCCGCAGGACAUGGAGCGGUUGGUGACCACCAUAAAGUCCGAGAUCGCGUACGUCAUACCGCGUGUGAUCGACAACGUGUUCUGUCGGUUCGUGCGCCAAGCCCCGGACGGCGGCCUGGCCGCCGCGGCAACGGCGGCUGCCGCAGCGGCCGCCGCCGCGGCGGCGGCCCAGCACCCUCCCCCCGCGCCCACGACGGUGGCCCGGAGGCUGGACGGCGCGCCGCCCUGCCGCGACGACCAGCGCAGCAUGCUGACGCAGAUGCUGGACCGCAAGUCCCCGCGCACCAAGGUCCUGGACCGGAACCGCCUGAACGGCCACCGGGGCUCGCCCGGCGGCCCCGCGGAGCGCGCCUUCUACCCGAGCGCCGCGUCGACGCCGCUCAAGAGCCGGCACACGCCACCGUUCUCGGAGCCCGCGAUUCCCGAGCAGACCGAGGCCAUGUCGCUGGUGGUGCCGACCAAGAAGAAGAGGCACAAGGUCACGGACACGCGGCUGGUCGGCCGCGAGCCCGGCAGCCCCUCGUCCAAGGAGUCGCCGGGCGGCGGCGGCAGCGCGGGCUUUGCGCCGCCGCCUCUGGUCCCUGUGUCUCUGAACACGUCGGUGGCCAUCCCCAACCCGAGCCUGCACCACGCGGCGGCCGACGUCUUCUUCCACGUGGACCAGCCGCGCAGCCUGUACGACGAGCAGCCGCUGCCCCUGAUGCUGGCCGCCGCCCACUCGCCCGCCGAGGCGCCGCCGCACCGGUACCCGUCGCUGGCGGGGCCCCGGGUGCCGCCUCCGCCGCCGCAGGAGAACGACUCGGAUACCAGCCAGGAGUACGACUCCAGCAUGGCCAUGAUGUCGUUCCUCAAGUACUUCAACGGAGCCGGCGGACCUUCCUCUCACGGUCCCGCCGCCGCCGGCCUUCCCGGAGGACCGGGCAGCCAGAGCGGCAACCACGGGAGCAGCCGGGGCGACAACGCCUCGGUGGCCUCGGACUCGCCGGGAUUCAAGUCCCUCGGAGGCGUCGGCAGCGGCGGGGGCGGCGGCUACACCAGCACGCUGACGCCCAUGCAUCUGCGCAAGGCCAAGCUCAUGUUCUUCUAUGUGCGGUACCCGAGUUCGGCCAUCCUCAAGAUGUACUUCCCGGACAUCAACUUCAACAAGAACAACACCGCGCAGCUCGUCAAGUGGUUCUCCAACUUUCGGGAGUUCUACUACAUCCAGAUGGAGAAGUACGCCCGUCAGUCUGUGAGUGAAGGCAUCAAGAACGUUGAGGAGUUGAAAGUGAGCGCUGACUCGGAACUCCUCAGGGUCCUCAACCUUCACUAUAACAGGAACAACCACAUCGAGGUGCCCGAAAACUUCCGGUACGUGGUGGAGCAGACGCUGCGCGAGUUCUUCCGCGCCAUUGUGGCCGGCAAGGACCAGGAGCAGUCGUGGAAGAAGGCCAUCUACAAGGUUAUCGCCCGGCUGGACGACAACGUGCCCGAGUACUUCAAGUCGCCCAACUUUCUCGAGCAGCUAGAGUGACGCCGGGCCCCGCCUCCCGCCCUGGACCUGCUGGCGGCGGCCGCCGCCAUGAGGCCGCAGCCCGCGACGGCAGCGCCCUCUUGCUGGUGGCGCCUGGCCGCGCCGCCAGCGCCGCACCUGCCCCCAACGGCGGCGGCGGCAGCGGCAGCCGCAGCGGCGGCGACAGCAGCAGCGUCCUGGGGCCGCGUCUGGUGCCUCUGAGCCGUAAAUUGCAGGAUGGCCAUUCACUUCCACGAGCGGCGCGAACACGAGGCCGCGGCGGAGGGAACGACGAAGACAACCUCGCGAGGCGACGACACGACGCAACGCGAGCAGAGACAGGAGUCCCUCCGCGCGCGCUCCGGUGGCCGCAGCGUACACGAACGAGGAAACACAAGAAAACUAUCGCGAGCGCCCCCUAGCUCCACCGCACGAGCAAAUUCCUCCUCCGAUGCACAGUCAACGGACGACGUCUCUCUCUCUCUCUCUCUCUUCACAACACGAACUGUGACCGGGAGCUUAGCAGUACCACUUGCAAGAAGGGGCUCUGCUCCGGAGCCGGUCUUCUGGAGCACUCCGCUUACCCACUGACCGGAAGGAUGUAUGGGUCCCGAAGCCACGCGUACUCACGCACACAAACACAACGCUGCCUAGAAGAAGACGUCUUCCCUAGCACCAACCAUGACCGCUGGUGUUUGUACGCGACCUCUGUAGCAGGGACACUUCGCUUGUGGAGGAGCACCUCGUACUAGGUGAUAGCCAGUCCUGGACUGGCCGAGUGAAGAUGCCGCGCUGCAGAAGACGUCUUUCGAUGGGCCAGCGACAAAGCUUUAACUAAAGCAUCUUGCCCCAUGCACUGACCUUAGAUGUGCGCUUCUGCAGAUCACGUGAGGACCGCUGUGCUGCGUUUCGCGUCUUCUUGCAGAAGUGCCCAGAAGUACAUUCUUGCAGGAGUACCUGAAAGGCCAUUCUUGCAGAAGUACCCAGAAUAACUUUGCCCGGAGCUACGCUUCGCCAUCCCACUGGCGCUCUUGUCCUGCAGGGGGGCAAGUGCUUCGAUCGCCGUCCCGGAAGUGACGUCACACUCUCUCUUUCCACGAGCUGGCCGCGCUGGACGGAAAAUGCUGUGUGGUGAUAUGAAUCGGCAUUCGGCAGGCCUUGCUUCGGUGAGUGGUGACUCCGCGGCAAGAAUCUUUGUCUCGCGCCUAGUCGAACCGGCAUUCCGAAAGAGUCGCCGGCUGUUCCCUUUUGUCCCUGAAAACUGGACGACCACAUUGUAUGUGUGUGCACGUGCCGUGGUACAGCACGUGCGCGGUGGUGGUGACCGUGCGCGUUGCUGUCGCGUUGCUCGAGCAGACGACAGACAGACGGAGGACAGACAGCACGCCGUUCUGGAACUGAUGUGCUGCUUGCUGCUGCUGCACCUGCAGUGAUGAGUGUUUGCUCUCGGUGAUUUCAAGAGGUAGGAUCUGCAAAGCAUAUCUCAUUGUGACUAUAUAGUGUUGACCGACGGUCGUAACCGUGCUCCGAGAAUCUUGUACAUAGGAUCAUACUGUAAUAGAGAGUGUGCGAAGGUAUCGCAAAGCGACUUUUUCCUUUCUUUUUUUUCGUGUUCACCCUCAGAGUGUAAGAUGUUCGUACGCAGUGUCACACAGGGCAUGACAUAUAUAAUAUAAAGAUGCACUUCACCAAAGACUAGCACGCACACACACAUACCUGCGCUGCUCUUUUUUUUUUUUCUUUACUACUUAUCUCUUUGUGUGAGGGGAGAGAGGAGCACGCUGUGGCGCGAAGGCGUCCUCGGGCCGAAUUCCGCUCGGAAACAGCAAAAAAAAAAAAAAACUAACAAAAUUGACGUGCUUGUUGAGACCCGCCGUGGUUGCUCAGUGGCUAUGGUGUUGGGCUGCUGAGCACGAGGUCGCGGGAUCGAAUCCCGGCCACGGCGGCCGCAUUUCGAUGGGGGCGAAAUGCGAAAACACCCGUGUGCUUAGAUUUAGGUGCACGUUAAAGAACCCCAGGUGGUCAAAAUUUCCGGAGUCCUCCACUACGGCGUGCCUCAUAAUCAGAAAGUGGUUUUGGCACGUAAAACCCCAAAUAUUAUUAUUAUUAGUGCUUGUUGAGAUGCGAUAGCGACGAAGUGGUGUGGCACAAGGUUUCGCUCAGUUCCGCAUACACACCGCCAUAUAAAACGUGGUAUCUUCCUCUUCUCUUUUCAAGUCAACACAAAUCGCGUCAGCACGCGGCAGUCAAAGCACUGCCAGCAGACUUAUAGAUGGGAUUUCAUUUCGUGGUUAUAUUUUAUCUCCAUUUUUUUACACGAUGCAAAGAGAUCAAAAACGCGUUUAUAUAUAUCUACACACAUAUAUAGAAGCAAUUAAUUUUUGCUGUACAAAUGACGCCGUUUAAGAGCUGUUUUAGAGGAGUGUCCGAAUUUUUCGCUUUUUGUCUGUCAACGUUUCCGUUUCGUUCCUUCUUUUUUAAUAUUUCUUGUAGCGAGUGGUGCGUUUGUGCCGGUGUGUUUGUGUGUGCCCGACUGUUUGCGACCACGUGUGACUGUGCCUGUCCUCUAUCUUCACUGCAAUUUGCUCUUUUAUAUUUUUUUUCUUGUGGCGAGCCACUUUUCUGUUCCAAGCCCGGUUAUAUGCCGUGCCCGCACGCCCUGGGAAUCGUCUUCUAGCUGUCGUGUUUCCCGGGGCGCCGUGGCGUGGCAGUUUCUCUUGACAGUUUUGUCCCCCCCCUCGCCUUCUAUUUUGUUAUUUUGGAUGUAUUAUUACCCUUUCCUUUAGGAUAGGAUGAGUGCGUGAAGUCCUAGUCGGCAGGGCGCGCUAAGGAAGGUGCGCUCGCAGCGCCCUCCGUAGGCGCGACCCGCUGUGUAAUUCUCUUGUCGAGUCAACUUUUACUUUUCCUCGCCUCCAAUUCCUGCUCUCGUAAUCUCUCGAAUCGGGUAUACAGCGAAUCGCGACUACUCCUGACACCUAUAUCUGCCUCGCUGAUUUGGUUAGUUGACGUCGCCAGAUUAAAUUGAACGCAUGAAAUCGUUCUCGACGCUCUAAGUUAAUGCAUACGUUAUAAACGGAAACAAAAUCGCACACGGAAAUUAUGUUUGUCCUUAGCUAUACGUACUGUUGGAUCAAAACGGAUUACGCGAAACAAAAAAAUGAAAAAGAAGAUUUACAUUUGCUGCUUCCGGACGCGUCCUCUGUAAUUCUGUGUCAUCAUGAUACACGGGCGAUGUAUACGUCAGCCGCGGUUUCGUAAAUUCCCCCGAGGGAUUCGCGCAUUUGUCUCGUAGUUUUUUUUUUUUCAUUGUCAUUUCCUGAUUGGGGUGAUCGCGAAGCUCGUAAAAUCUGGAAGUGACACCGAAGGGGUUCACUUAGUGUUACUUGAAUUUGAGCCGCAGCGGGAUCCACCAAGAUUACAGCUAUCACACCAAAGACUUUUUUAAAAAUGUACAUUCUGUCGCCUGAUAUCUGGCUCGUGUGUCCGUGGUCUCCUGUUUGUCCCAUCGCCUUCACCGGAUGAAUGCUAGUCAGUGUAUUGAGUCAUCGUAUUGAGCGUAUUGUUUUCUUUACAAAUCUGUCCCCAUAUGUUUAUAGUGCAGCUGUGAGCGCCUUCUACUUCUUGUCGUCCUUCUUUAUUUGCCUGAUCUGCACAUCGUUUCUUAGACUUCUCGACAAAAGAAGAAAAAAGAGAGAGAGACGGACUUGACCGACUAUAUUUUGUCAACACGUACGCGCUGCUUUCUCGCGACCACAGCUCCAGCUGUGCUUCAGGGAGUGGUCACGUGACGGUGCAGGCGCCAUGUUGUUGGCCCUGCUCGCAGCUUUCCAGCUCUCGCACCACUGCCUGAAACUAACUGAGAGAGGUUUAGAUGACGUCCAAUUUCUCGUCUUGGUUGAGACGUAAAAUUCGCCUACUUUGUGAAAGGGGUCGCUUCACUCGUAACAGAGUUCGAAUUCGAUGCCCCAAUGCUGUUCACGUUUGCGAAAAGGUGGUUCAAAUUAAUCCGUCUAGCCGGCCCUUCUUGAAGUCAUCUGUCGCAGACUGCGACGUUGGCGUGGAUAGUUGCUUCCUCAACAGGAAAUGCAUAAGUUAGGAUGGAGGUCGGCGUGAGGGCGAUACACUCCAAGCCGGCAACGGCGCGGCAUGGUGGCGAUUUCGAUGACGUCAGUGCCUACUCCGUGUGCAUGUGGAAAGAGAAGCUGCAGGAAUUCGCGUGCCGUCACACACGCCAUUUUUGUUGCAAUUGCAGCUUCUACUGUGUUGCUGGUGUUGAGCGGAUCUGGAUAAAGGGCGAAUUUUCACCGCUCUGUCUGUAAGAAUGCGGCGGCCUCGAUGACGUCAGUGCAUACCGCAUAUAGCGAAUCCUACUCUCGAUUGCAGCACUGAAUUCUGUCUUACGAUGUCUUGAUCGUUUAUUACCGGAAGGAGGCUCCAUUCGUGAUGAGUUAGCCGUACACGUCUUGCCGGCCUACAUGAUUUGAAAGCACGUCUUUGACAGCCGCAGUGGAAGGCACUGAAAAAACGAACGCAAGAACUGCAUAUAGAUAAUUAUGGUGAGCACGUCCCAGAAAUAUUGAAGAAGCGCGAUUAUUUAGGGCAUGAAUCUUUGACAUAUGUUAUACACGCACGAUACCUCCUCAUUCACAUAUUUGAAGUCACCGAAUCGUAUCGCUAUAGCUUAAUUGCGAAAGUUAACUCUUUGUGUUACUGUUUUUUUUUUUAUUUUCUUUCGCUUACGAGAGGAGGCGUAAUGCCCCAGUGAGACCUUCCCAGCGAUACUGCAUAGUGCUCGCGUAGAGUUGUUGCGUACGAUCUUAGGACUAGUCAUUUAGAGGAAGGCACGAGAUAUGACGCCAACUCUGUAAACAUCGCAGAUAUAACACACAUAACACAAGGACAAAAAAAAAGGAAAAAAAACCGGCAAACUUUCUUUUCGUGCACAGCCCGAAAACGACCAGCUUUCGUUACUACAGAAAAUACCGGGGUUCCUCAAAACCAUUGCGGUUAUACCUAUAGCAUAUUCGCGGUCCUAAAACGGUAUCCGAAGUGGAAACAAGACGAAAUGGCAGCAAGCUAUAAAUCAUGUAGAGCUUCCUCCAAAAAAAAAAAUUACUAGUGGAAACACUGAUGCUAGUGUCUACGGAAUCUGCGAGCACGGCGGUUCGGCCAGCAUGAGAUUGAUGGCCGGCCGAUACGUGGCUUCGAACGGCUUUGCGUCUUCGCAAAUUGAUCACUUGUAACGAGGCGUUGAGUUACAAACGCGACAAUUCGCAACGGUCACGCUCGUCGGCAGAGACUCUAGCCGCCCUGCUGUGUACUGAAAAUUAUAAUACGAGUGCUCUUGAAAAUUACUAGGAGAAAUCGUAAUGGAGUGACUGACAUCUCAAGAACGUUCGAAGCCACAAACUCGAAGGUUAGGGUAAUUCACGUGCUAACCGUCAUUCCGGUGUUAUCGGAACGAUCCCAGUGCCAUCGUUCCCUCUAGUAAUGUUUGUAGGAAGCUCUAUUAUAAGUACUACAGCCAAACAUGGAGCAAACGCCCCGUGACGUCAUUCUUUCUUUAUUCAAAAGAAAACAUUGAACAGGACGUGGUUGCAGCGACACCGGCAAUAGGAGAUAUAUUGGCACGCUGCCUUCGCUUGUCGAGCUUCUUUUUUUUUUUUUGCUCUUCUCGUUCAUCCCUCCGUUCAUUUUGACUCGUCAGUGGGGGAGGACGCCAGUAUAUAUGCGUGUGCUGCUGCAGUGUUGCAAUGCCGCGGCGGCGAAACCUUUGUAGCGCGGGCCCCGUUCGGAUAACGUCGCGCGGACGACAGACGGGGGGGUCCAAGACAAAACACGCGUCGCGUCAUCUCGAAUUGUCGCACGCCCGCCCUUGUUGUGUCUUCCGUUGUCACACCCGGUUCGCCGCCGGCUCCGGAAAACGCAGCAAGAACGAAUGAAGGCGGCCGUACUGCGAACGCGCCGCGUACAGAGGAACGCUCUGUAUGCAGUGCAACUUCCCGUCUGUCAUGGACUCCGUGCAGUGCGCCGAAAAAAAGAAAGGCUAUUGUACAGUGCCACGUAACACUAUUCAUAAACGAGAGAGGAAAUGAAAGAAAAAGAAAUGUGACCCACUAUCCGCCACUAAUCCUCCCGUGCCCUGGUAAACCAAACGCGAAAUAUCACUGACUUCUUAAAGGGACACUAAAGCGAAGCAAUAAAUCAGUUUAGACUAAUGAAGCAUUGUUUGAGAACCCUGCAGGCAGUCAUUUCAACAAAAUAGUUUGAUUAUUAGAUGAGAAAAUGAAGGUCCUAGUAUCAGUAUUUGAAUUUCGCGCCGAAAUCCCAGCGCCGGUACGUCAACGUGACGUCAGGGAUUCCAAAGUAUGUUUUCGCAUGUGGGCCGCGUUGGCUAAGUAAAGGUUCCCGAAACUUGCAAUGUUUAAUAGUUGGUCUCUUUAGAAGACAAUGUAGUCAAUCUGUACCGCUAUAUAUAACUAGUAGGCCCUAGAAGGUGCCAUCAAAAUCCAAGACGUCACAGCCCCCAGGUGUGGGAACUUAAGUAGGCGUCGCCACCCGUAUUUCGUUCUUGCGCUUUUUCUGGCUUACCAAACGUCUUAUCGUUGUAAGAGUGAUGUUCUUGGUGUUGUAGAACGGUAAUUUACUGAUGCAGAAGAAAUCAAUUUUCACUUUAGUGUCCCUUUAAUGACCCACCACUGGACAAGCCAUUUUCUGUUCUUAACCAGGACUUUCACUCUCUCUCUCGCUCUCUUCGGUCACCGCUACUUUAACAGAAAAUGCGCAUCCCAUCCGGAAACCAAAGACGUCUCUCGUCGAAAUUGCUCACCCCCGAUUCACAUCAGUCCCAAUACAUACCCGCUCGCGGUUACCUCUAAGUUGCAUAACAAAAUCACACUUCCUGCCUGCCUGCUUCUGCUUCUGUUGAAUGACAUUGCGGCAACCUCGAACAAAUAAAACGCGAACAGGGCACUUCAAGCUCGAAGACAUACAAACGCACUGUGCAGGAAUUGCGCUGAUGGAUUCCAUGUAAGGAGCAGAGUUCUUUUUCCCCCUACAAAGAAUGGCGUACUAAGCUUAGAAAGUACACUAACCAUGCUGAUGCGUUCGCUAGCCCAAGCACUCCCUUCCUAUUUGUGUUUCUAAUUUAACAGUACUUGUUCUGUUUUGUCUUGUUUUAUUCCUUGCACGGUAGUACGGAGUAGCACUGAGUCACGUGUCUGACUCGCGCUAAACACAGCCACAAGCUCGUGCUUAUUACGAGUGCACCAGAACGAGCAGUGCAUUUCACUGCGGCUGGGCCAAGCAGCUUAUUUUUUUCGUGCUUUCUCAAUCUCCCCCUUUCUUUUUCGUUAUUUUUAAUUGCACGGCUAAUACUAUUCUUCCUGGUGUCGACUUUUUUGGUCGAUCGUCUCAUCGCUGCUAUGUGCUUUUCUGUUUUCAUCGAACAAAAAAUACAACGUGGAGCUUUUUCGCUUCUGUUUAUUGCGGCAGAUACCUUAAUAUAUGUUUGAGCUUCAGUUUAUUGUUCUUAAAAUACAGUGAAUGGGUUAGAGAUAAUAUACAGACGAGGGUUCCAAAGUCAAAUACUGAAACGGUACCCAUCGUUGCAACAAACGCGGAAGAACAAGCUUUGCACUUAAUUCCUUUCUUGUAUUACGAUUCACUUGCGGCACUUAAACAGCGGCGCCUUUUGCCUCAGAUAUUACAUAUCAACCUUCUCUGCCUUCUACGUGUAAGUUUCCUUUACAAAAUUGUUUUAUAUACUAUAUGUUUCCUGCUGAAUUUAUAGUGUUAAAUAAACUUUCUUUAGAAAAGGUAUUGAAUUUCAUCUUUCGCUUCUCUAAAGAUUAAACACUGCUAUAAAUUCUGGUAAAUUGCAACAAGGUCCCCUUGGAGACUUAAACAAAACGUCAUGCGUGCUCCUUUUAUUCUUAUAGAGCUCUCACUUGAUCGCUUUGUUCCUUUCCUCGUUUCUAUGUUCAGCGUAACAGUCACUCGUACUGGUCACGUGGGCUAUCCUCUAAUUGUAACGUCUCUUUUGAAUACUAUACAAUGCAGACAUGCGCAGGCCCCAAACGCGUCUGUAACUUGCCACGGCAUCCUUCUGAAGGCAUCCUCAAAGAUGCUGCCGCGCGCUUCGGUUCAUGUAUCACUCGAGCCAAAGAAUCAAACGAAAACAGGCGUAGCUUCCAUGUGAACCCUGGAUACGUACGCUCCACAUUACGCUCUGCUACAAUGUUUAAUAAACCCGCCCUUUUUGUUUGACUUUCUUUCUUUCUUUUUUGCAUGCCCGUGUGAUGCAUUCUCGAAAAUUUCCUCAACCAUCCACUCAUUUGGAGCUAUCUGCGGUGUGUCGACAAGCAUUCGCCAAACCUGGAACGCUAAAGCACACGCAAAGCUGACUGCAGACGCGUUCGUCGGGCGUGUUCGAAUAACAACACCCUUGUGAAAGGAAAGUAGUACCGAAAAUUCCCUACUGCUGGAGCCAUUUUCUCUCAUAAUUAACUCCAUUUACGAGUUCCCCGUACACCCCCAACGAAGUGUACUUUCUCUCUACUGCCGCACAAGCGGAGUGAAACGUAACUCCAUCGGGAGAGUGAGCAUAUCCAAUAGGGGAGUACAAAAACUCCCGAAAAGGGCGUCAAAUUUGGGGCGACGUAUUAAUUUGGGGCGACACAGAAGACCUUGCCAGUACUCCCAAUGUUUUGGAGUGCAGACAGGAGGCAUACUUCCGUAUAGUAUGAGAGUAUGUUCUGGCUGUUGUUAUCAGCUACUGUUAAGGGGCGUUUGAUUGGCAGUAUUUAGAGGGACACUAAAAGGGAUGCGAUAGAAAAGUUAAUACUUAAAAGGUGUUAUUAGAAAGUUCUAUAGUAAUUCAUUUGAUUGGGAACAAAAUAAGUUGAUUCUUACUGAAGAAAACGAAGGCCCUGCUCCCUUCCUUUAUUUGAAGUUUCUUGCCUAAUCCCCAGUCCCGGGCUGCAGUGUGACGUCACAUGUACCGAAAUGUUUUCUCCCACUUGCUUGGUUGAGUCGUUGGUUUGUUAAUACAGCGUAGCCAUUGCUUACCGAUAAACACAUAGCUAAAGCCGAGUGGGCCGCUUUCAAAAUUCUUUACGUCACGGGUAGUGCGGCAACUUCGCGGUGGCGUCGCCACCUGCCUACCGUUAUUGCGGCUUUUCCAGCUUACCAAGCAUCCUCUCACGUUGGAGUGGACGUUUUGCUAUCGCAGAACUGUAAUUUACUAAUACCGGUAUACUUAACAUACCGCAUUGGUGUCCCUUUAAAGAAAAUGCGGAAAGAAGAUUAAAUACUGCUAGUAUGCUGUCUCCCUCUUGUUGUUCCGAUGAAGGGAGCCUAAAUUUCUUUCAAGUGCCUUUCCUUGCGCGCCUUUUUCAAGCUCUCUGACUCGGCGACCUAUCCCUCCAGUGUGUGUGGUGUCAAUGUAUCUUCCACGAGGUUACGGCUGUAUUUCGCCCUUCCCGUGUACGCAUAUCCGUAGCACGUUACCUCCUUCAAUGCUGACCCCAUUCCAGUCGACUCUGCCCCUGGUCUCUUGCACGCGCUUCGGAUUGUCUGACAUAUUCCGAUCGCUGGCUGCAUUGUUGUAUCGGGAUGCGUGUACCAUAGUUUCGCCCGCGGGGUCUCACAAGACACGCGCCUCUAAACGUGGCCUCCGGGAUGCACGGCGCGCGCGCCGCGUGAGCUGGAGAUUUCGGAUUACAAGCAUCGAAGAUGUGGCGUAUCAGGAUUGGCCAUGUAGGGGGCGCACAUAUCGCGUUCCUUUGUUCCUCGUGAGAAGCACGCACUUCGCUUAAGUGCGUCCGAGUUGCGGCCGUUCGCCAACACAAUGCAAGGUUGGUGCUACCAUUUGCGAAAGCUCUUUCGACGGCUGCUGAGGAAGGGAAAAGCGAGCCCUUCGUGCUUACUGAGUAACCGAGCUGGAAGACUUGGCUCCGUUAGAUGUGAUUAUUGCUCAGGAGAAUGAUUUGCCGGCGUUAUUGUGCUCUUCCACGUAUUGUUGACGCUCCCUGCGUAGACUAUCCCCGAUGCUUGCCGCGCGAAUGCCGAAAGCUGUGCAAGCGCCAACACCGUCUUCUACCACACACUUUCUCCAUUUCUUCCUCCUUCCUCCAAAUGAAUGAAGCUCUUGUAUAACUUGUUGGAGACCCCACAUCAUUUACGUCAGCGUCUGUCCUCCACUCUGCACAAGUAACCGUCAUGUCUCGUUUCUCCCUCGUUCCAAAAAAAGAAAGAAGUAUCGAUUCGUGAUACUCAGUUGCAUCUCAUCAGAAAGCCUACAUCAUUUAUGACUGACAAUGAAGUGUAAAUUACUUUCCUUAGCUUCCCUUCUAUUUAAAUGUCUAUUUGAACAAUUAUCCGUUUGAGCUACUCUGUUUCUUGAGGCGCUGUUUCCGAGAAUAGUUGCGUUGACGUAUAUGUUGGUACGAUGUUUCUGGCGCCAAGAGUUGUCCUGCCUGAAAUUUCUUGCCUUCCUUUUUGUCUAAUACUUUGCCACUUGCGAGAAAGCGUUACCGGCACACCCUCGUGUAUGACUGUCAACAUUUGAGGAAGCGGUUCUCUGAAUUUGUUUGCUAGCUUUACCCGGUGUGAACUUGUUUACCUUGUCAUUUACAUGUGUGCAGGAAAUCUCACCUCGCGAGAUCGUUUUCCAGCUAAUCAGGAUAGCACGUUGCUUGCCCAGCGGGCAAUGUUCUCACGUCUGCAAAAACCUUUGUUGGGCGUUUACAAACUUUCGUCAGUCUUCUGCUGAAAAGUCAACAGAAACUCAGCGGAAACUUUCUUCUUCGGGCUUGAACUCAUCAAGUCAAAGAGAAUGAGAUAUUAGCACACGUUCUUGAGAGGCGCAUCAUGAUACUGAAAGUCUUGCGAGUCGCCUGAGCAUGAGUCUGUUGAAAGCCAAUAGACCGCCAUAAAUCUUGUCAACAGAAACCUAACAUUUCUUUUUCUUUGCGAGGGAUACUGAAUAAUCAUGCAGUGCUUUCGCAUGGAUUCCAUUCCCACAUUUACGGAAUUGUUUUCUUUUUUUUCGUUUGAAGUCGAUUGUAUUGAUUGUGUAUGUGUCUGGUAUUCAACGAGUCAAUGUGAACAGAACAAAGGUUUUAUUUUGUGUAGGGGACGUGCGCGUGAGAUUAAGCCCCCGUCGAGUCAUGCUUGAGAAUCUUCCGCCAGCUGCGUCGUUUCGAAGUGUAUACAUUCCUGGCACCCUUUUACGUGCCCGCUUGCGAUCGUUGAAAUCAAGCGCUCCUGUAAAAAAAAAGAAAGCAAAGCGUUUUGUGGCUGUUGCGCGUGACCUUUCACUGCACCGUUUUAUUUGAGUGUGCGCGUGUUUGCCCCCGUUGGGGACGAUGCUUUAUGAAUGCACUGUUUACGUGCAGUGCGCGAUGAAUGCAGUUGUGGUGAAAUCGCAGUGGCCGACGGAGUGAUAAAGUGAUUCUUCUACUUCAUUCCUUACGAUGAAACAGACCUGUUUUCCGGUUUUAACCUUCCAACUGAGUGUGCGCGCGUGUGUGAGUGAGUAUCUGCGUGGAGUGCUUGUUUGUCAUGUUAUGACGCGAGAGACGAAACAAAAUGGUGACGGUAAAAAAAAAGUGUUAUCGCGUGUACAAAGUAUAUAUACACGUAUAUACAUAUCUAUAAAUAUACAUAAAUAUAUAUAUAAUAUACAUAAGUAUAAAUAUUUACAUAGGUGAUUGCUUUCUCUGAUUUUCCUCUGUCUUAUGCUUGUUUUUGUCACCCUGCACGUCUCACAUCGUCACAUGUAUAGAUUUAUCGACAGCAGGGUCCACGUUCUUGUUUCGUUUCCUUAUCUACCGCGUGUUGAAAUGUUCGAGGAAGAAGGCAUAUCAUGGUAAUAUAUUCACACAAACUAUAUAAUAUACAUACAUGGGCAUAUCACCUUACAUUUGUCGCUCGACGCAGGUGAACUCUUUUUCUACACGUGAUGUUCCCGGAACUCGUUCUGUCGCUCUUUUUGCCUUUCGUGACGCAACCCCCGAAAGCGUCGGUCUAACCGGGCUUGCGAGGGGCUGUACCUGCGUUCUGGCGAAAGCGCCCACUGUACGCAUUGCCCGACGGAAGGAGCGCCAGGUUUCAAUAGCUACUGAAUUUCGAUUGUGUUGAAUUGCUGUUGAAUUUUUGUUGAAAUCUGGCACGCCUUCCGCAAACAAGUGGUUGUCCAUGCUGUGUGUCGCUGGAGAUGGCGAGGCUACGUGAUGCGCCUGCGCUGGUCUCUCUAGGGAGAUUAGCGAACCCAGGCCGGUUUGUUCGAAUCGCUGUCGUGUCUCGUGUGUACACAAAGAGGUCCCGUUUCUGGUCGCCUUGUGUCGAAAUAACGAAUCGCCUGCUUAAGCGAAACUUCUUCCGUGUAUGGAGACCCUAUGGUGUCACGUGUGCAGUCGAAUUGCCUAAUCCAUUGGAAAUGCUAAUACAGUGGUGCAAGGUGAACACUGUAGGUCUUUUCUAGUAUUAAUUUCAGUUGGCUCCUUUUCAGGAGGCAGCACUUUGCACUGUCAGAUAAGCAAGCAAACAAGUUGUAACGUGCUGUGAUAGUUACCUGUGACUUUGAUUCUCUUUAAGCCAUCGUUGGAGAAGUUUCGCAGGCAGAGUCGUUCUGAUUAUACUGACGAUUAGGACUGUAUUGAUAAAGGGGUUCUUUGCCUGCUACCAGAUUUCUAGCCGUUGCAGAAAUUCUCUUGAGCUUUUAUUGUCUGCUGCUAUCAAGAGACUUUGCCUUCAGGACAACGACAAACGGAAGCACUUGACAAACGAGACACGACUAUGUAGCCUCGCCAGAUUAAAAUCUGUCUCCUGCUUUGUGAAACGCGCUGCAAGGACAACUCGGUGCACUGUCACGAUUCUGUGAACUAAAAUGGGGUGGUCUCAAGAUCCGCUGUCAUGUUAGACAAUUGUCGCGCGUCGAUGCUGUGAAAACAAAAAAAAAAGUGUGUGCGGACGAGAUUUUCUUGUUUUUUUUUAAUCCCCCGCUGUUGGACUUCGUGUAUUUAUUGAAGAAUGUAAGAGGAAUCUCUGUGCUUGUCUCUGUUCCUUCUUGCCACUGUGUUGUUUAUUUGUCCCGAGCAAACGACGUGUCCUUGAAAAUCGGCGAGGCCGAUCUUUCCGAGCUCUAUGCCUCUCGCGCAAGCGGCACACGCGAGAUCUUUUGACGCUCGGACUGUUUUUGCGUGUGCGUGUGCUGUGUAUAGCAAAGCCUGCCACUGUCGCCACCACCACCCACAAUCCUUCACACCUUCCAUUCCAUCUUCGCUCUCUCUCGCUCAGUUACAAAUAAAAGCAAA